AUGGGCACAUUUAACAGCAAUUGUCAUAAACUUACACCGUGUCCAUUUACUGCCGUGGGACGCCCUGGCGAGAGGUACCCGUGGGUUCUGCAGGUGUGCUCAGUACUCCCACCGAAAACAGGUUUAGGGCUUGUUUUGAGCACCGACACGGGCAGCUUGCUGGAAACGUCGGGGACUGCGGAGGGCAGCCCGCGGCUCCCGAGAGAAGUGCGAGGGGUUACACCGGUUUCAGUGGAUUUCGGUCCAGUCAUUGCUAGUAGUGUGAGAAUAGGUCUGAGACCUCCAGCUCCUGACUGGCUGCUGACUCUGAUUGCAGGUACAGAGAGUCUAGUCUGUGACAGAGUGAAAAAGCCUGCUAAAGUAGCUUUGCUGGAGUGGACGGAAUCCCCCAGGGGAGGGGAUCCAGACUAUUACAUUGUAACAUACCAGCAAACAGAUGCCUUCAGUCAAAAAAAUAUAAGAAAUGUUUCUACAGUUGAACAGAAAGCUGUCAGUACUACAAUUCUGCUUGAGGAAAAUAAGAAGUAUGAUAUUACCAUAGAAUCCCUAAAAAAUGGCCGAAUUUUAAGUGUAAAAUCAUUUAAGACACGUGGAAUUUCAGAAAAUGACAUCAAAACUUUUGUGACCCCUACUACAGUGUCUUUUAAUUGGAGCACAAUGAUGAAAGACUUUUCAGUGUCAGUUUCCCUGAAUGGUACUUCUCAAAUUGUAAAAAAUCCCAGCGGAUUCUUCGUAUGGAGUAAUUUGACACCUGACACCUUAUAUGCCUUUAAGUUUACAUUUGAACAAUUGCAUCGUGAAUGUGUAAAUGUUUCUCAGUCACUGGAUGUUCAAGCCGAAACAGGCACCUGUUCCCACGGGUGGGUGGCAUUCCAAAGCAGCUGCUAUCGAGUCAGUAAGGAGAGCAAGCCGUGGAAAGCGGCACAACAAACCUGCGAAACGUCUUCACGAGGGGCACAUCUGCUUGACAUAGAGAGUGAAGAAGAACGUAGUUUUAUUUUGUCUUAUCUCCAGACAUUUAGUCAGAUAAUCAUGUUAUGGACGGGUCUUAACGACCUAAAGGAAGAAGGUCAGCUCUUGUGGACAGAUGGAUCUGCUUAUCUUCUAAAGGCUGGCAUCUCGACUUUGUCAAUGAUACCAGAAAAUGAAACUGACUGCUAUGCCCUGCAGAGAGAUCCCACUGGUCCAGACUACUUCCUCACAGGAUUUUUCUGCUAUAUACAGCUACCAUAUAUUUGUGAAUAUGAAUUACCUCUGGUACCCGAAAACUUCACAUUUAGUGUGCGUGAUGUCGAGACAACUGAAGCUGUAUUUAUGUGGAGCGAUACAGACAUGUGGCUUAAGUCAGGCUUUGCACUUAUAAUUAAGUACUAUUUCGAUCAGUGGAAACCGAACAUUCUGAGCUUGCCUGUGAAUACAACUCAAACUAAAAUUGUGCAGUUGUCUCCUGGCCUUUGCUAUAGCUUUUUAUUAGCAGCAAGGAACCCAGAAGGGGCACAGACUAUUUUAAGUCCAAUUCUGAAGGUAGAAACAAGACCAUUGCACUCCCGGAAGUUAGAGGCUAUGUAUGUUUCAUCUGCAGAAAUACAUUUAAAGUGGAAGCCUCCACAGCAUCCAUCUAGUACUUCUUUUCAUUACUACGUCAUCAACAUUUUGGAUACUGAAACCAACAUCUGGGAACAGUUAUCAGUUGAAAAAAGCAAAACUUCAACAGUAAUAGGAAAUGUAAAACCUUAUCAUCAGUAUCAGUUAUAUUUACAGAACGUAGCAGAGAAAGGAACUCUAAGCUGCCAUGAGAAGCCUAUAAUCAUCACAACAGCUAUCAGUCCACCUACAGCUGUUUAUAUUGACCCAGAGGACGUACAAGAAGAGAGUGUAAUCCUUCACUGGAAGCUGCCACAAGAGGGUCAGGAAUCCUACAUUCAAGUGAAACCUAAUGCAGACGUGGGUGAAACCAGGAAGUUUUUAUUAAAGAAUACAGAAGAAUUUAAGAUUGAUCUCCUAAUUCCUGGAAUGACUUAUGAAAUAGCAGUGGCAAGUGUGAAUAAUGGAAAUAUGAGUGAACUGAAGACCAUUCCAUGCACUUUAAAGCCCAAGCCUGUUGAAAUUGUAGUUCCUUAUGUGCUUUAUAGCAAUGCUGUGGUAUUAUUUGUUCGCAUGCCUGAUAUUGGAGUAUUUGACGGCAUAUAUGUUACAAGUAAAGGAGGACCUAAUGCAGCAUUCGUUUUGAAAAGUGAUGGUAAAAUAAUGAUUGAAAACCUUACUGCAGGAACAGAAUAUGAUUUCUGCAUCUCUACAAAAAGUGGGAAAAUGUUGAGCUCCUUUUACCGUCUAUCUGGUGUAAAAACAUGUCUGUCAGCUCCACGCCAUGUACGAGAAGGUAACGUUACAGACACUUCAAUACAGAUUGCUUGGGACCGUGCUGAUGGAGACUUUCAUCAAUACGAAGUCGCAUGUAUAAAUUGUGCAAGUGCUUUCAGGGUCCAGAAGGUCAAGCAAGAAACAGCAACAUUUUCCAACCUUACUCCUGGUAAGGUGUACAACUUUACAAUCCGAACAGAAAAGGAAGGUUUCAGAGACAGUGUUUUUGUGACAAAGGAAAUAGAGACAGUACCAAGUGCAGUUAAAUAUCUGAACUGUAGCAGAGACUCUGAGUCAAUAACUGUUACCUGGCCACCAGCCCAAAAUAUGUUUGAUGGAUAUGUUAUUUCAAUAAACAAUAAGGUCUUCAAUGAGGAAAAAAUGUUACCUGUCACUGUAAGAAAGUACAAAUUUGAAAGUCUUCUGCCAGGCACUGAUUUCUUAAUCAGUAUUGUGACAACCAAUGGAUUAAAAAGAAGUCACCCCACCAUCCUCAAGUCUAGCACCUAUCCUGAUCCACCGUCAGAUUUACAGGUCUUUGGGCAAGAAGAAAAUACAGUCUAUUUUUCUUGGAAACUACCAAGGGGAGGAUUUGAUAUGUUUCAGCUUUCAUACUGUCUGAUGAAUAAUGAAAAGCUGCUUACCAGAACUGUUUAUGGCAGCAGAGCUGUAGUGAAAAAUCUGGCCCCUGGGACAGAAUACUUUUUUCAGUUGAGGACAGUUAAAGGCUUGGAUUCCUCUGUUGCUGUGGAGAAAAAAGUCAUCACAAAACCAGCUGGGAUAUGUGGUUUGGCACUAAGAAUGGUAAAUACUUCUUCUGCAACUUUAACGUGGAAUCCAACCAAGACUAAUUUCACUUCUUACAAAGCAUCUUUAUCAAACAACACCUUUGUAAACAAGUUCAGAAUUCCAGGAGCACUGACUGACUUCAGCGUUACAGGCCUGACUGCUGGAGGCAUUUAUAAUUUCACGCUGCAGAGACUAGGAGGAAAUAUUGAAGGAGCUUCUGCUUUCAUUGAAAUCGUAACAGAACCUGCAAAGCCAGAAGGACUUAAAUUCUUCAAUGUUUCAUCAUAUUCCUUUUCACUGCACUGGAGACUACCGCAUGGAUAUGUAGACAGAUUUCACGUGGAUCUUAUUCCUGAUCAUGGUUCUGUUGUUAUCUUAGAUCUUGGAGUUAGGGGGUAUCAAGCUGAUUUUUAUAAUACUAUUCCUGGAACAACAUACAAUGUUACAGUUUCUGCAGUUUCUUCUUCACUGUACAGUUCACCUGCAAGUAGAACAGUGACAACAAAUGUGACAAAUCCAGGGCCGCCUGUGUUCCUUGCAGGUGAAAGAGUGGGCUCUGCUGGGAUUCUGCUAUCAUGGAAUACACCACUGCAUCCAAAUGGAAGAAUUCUCUCCUAUAUUGUUAAAUAUAAAGAGGUCUGCCCGUGGAUGCAAACAGCUUAUACACAGGUCACAACAAAGCCAGAUAGUUUGGAAGUGCUUCUUACCAGUCUUAACCCUGGAACAACUUACGAAAUUAAGGUUGCUGCUGAGAAUAGUGCUGGUGUUGGAGUGUUUAGCAAUCCUUUCCUUUUUCAGACUGCAGAAAGUGCUCCAGGUAAAGUAGUGAAUCUCACAGUUGAAGCCUUAAAUUAUUCAGCUGUAAAUCUGAUAUGGUUUCUUCCUCGGCAACCAAAUGGAAAGAUAACUAGUUUCAAGAUUAGUGUGAAACAUGCAAGAAGUGGAAUUGUAGUGAAAGAUGUCUUGGUUAAAGUAGAGGACCUUCUGUCUGGGAGGUUACCAGAAUGUAAUGAUAACAGUGAAUCAUUUUUGUGGAGUACCACCACUCCUUCAACUACUUUUGGCAAAUCUACAGUUCCUUCACGGACUACAGUUACAUCAAGUACUGAGGCACUGAGUCAAAUGAGCUCUGUUUGGAAUGAACCAAUUAGUUUUGUUAUAACUAACCUCAGGCCGUAUACCACCUACCUUUUUGAAGUCUCAGCAGUUACCACUGAAGCAGGUUACAUAGACAGUGCAAUUGUCCGGACACCAGAAUCAGUUCCAGAAGAUCCACCACAAAAUUUUGCCACAAGCAACAUUACAGCAAAGUCUUUCUCAGUGAUGUGGGACCCACCAACCAUAGUAACAGGAAAGUUUAGUUACAGAGUUGAGCUGUAUGGACCAUCUGGUCAUAUUCUGGAUAACAGCACAAAAGAUCACAAAUUUGUGUUUAGUAACCUUGUGCCGUUUACAACAUACGACGUGUAUGUGGCUGCUGAGACAAGUGCUGGGGUGGGGCCAAAGACGAACCUUACCGUUUUCACUCCUGCAGACGUCCCAGGUGCUGUAUCAGAUUUACAUCUAGGAGAAGUGGAAGCCACGUACAUAAAAAUUGUUUGGAGGAAGCCACGACAGCCAAAUGGAAUCAUUACCCAGUACAGAGUUAAAGUACAUGUGCAGGAAACAGAGGUGACUCUUGAAAACACUAUUCUCAAAGGAAAAAAUAAGUAUUUGAUUGAUUCUUUGGAACCCUACAUGAUAAGUGAAAACAUCAAACCUUCUCCCACUUGGAAUUCAAUGGAAACAACCAAUGAAUUAUAUGAAGGUUCAGCUGAAAUGUUUUCCAGCAUUCAGAUGGCUUCCCCAGUAAUAUUCACAAGUGUAUCUGGUGAUAAUUUCCUUGCAAUAAAUGGAGCUGCAGAACCACGUUCUGCUUUGGGUAGUCAGUAUGCCAUUAACAUUUUGGCCGAAGAACUGUCAUAUGUUAUAAAGGGCCUUGUACCUUUCACAGACUACACAAUCAGUGUGUCUGCUUUCACUGCUGUUGGGGAAGGGCCGCCAUCAUUUCUCACAGUCAGGACACGUGAACAAGUUCCAAGCUCAGUACAAAAUAUAUCUUACAAGAAUAUUAGCUCUUCCUCUGUUUUGCUAUAUUGGGAUCCUCCAGCAAAUCCUAAUGGGAAAAUUAUUCAUUAUACUGUUUAUGCAAUGGAACUGGAUACAAAAAGAACAUUUCACACAGUAACUUCAAACAACAGCUUACUUAUGACAGGUUUAAGAAAGUACACAAAUUAUAAAAUGAGAGUGGCAGCCUCUACAACAAUCGGAGAAAGUUCUUUGUCUGAAGAAAAUGAUGUUUUUGUGAGAACCCCUGAAGACGAACCAGACUCUCCACCCCAAAAUGUAGAGUUAAUAAAUGUAACUGCAACAGAAAUAAACCUGAGAUGGUUACCACCUGAGCAGCCUAAUGGUCUCAUAACUCACUAUGAAGUUCUAUACAGUGAUUCCAAUGACUUAUUUAUCAAAAAUGCCUCAUCUACAAGUAUAUCACUACGUGAAAUGAAGCCAUAUACUCUCUACAACAUCUCUGUAUGGGCAUUCACCAGACUUGGCCAUGGGAAUCAGUCAUCUUUCCCACUUCUGGUGAAAACUUCUGAAACUGGUGAGUAUAACAAA